AUGGAUCCGCUCGAGUUUACGCCGUGGCACCAGCUGGCGCCGCGAGGCAUCACCGGAGACGUCAAGGACACAUUCUCCUCCUGGGACAAGUGUAUGGCCAAAAGCUACUGCAAGUCGGUCUCCCUUCUUCUUUCUCGGAUAUCUGAUAUCUAUGUUUAUAUAUAUACUAAUUGGCGAUUUGUAGAUGGCCUGCUAUCGUUGGAAUCAUCGUCGGCGGCCUCAUCCUGCUCAGCGUCGUCUGGUGUCUCGUGGGCUGCAUCUGCUGCGGCUACACCUGCUGCAAGGGGUGCUGUGAAUGCUGCUCCUGCUGCUGUCCGUCUUCCUCUUCUUCUCGCAAACCACCGCCAGCACCCGCCUACGACAGCCGGUCCAAUGCCCACUUCGACUGCCAGAGUCAACGAUGAUGCGUUGCCCAACAUGCCUACCUGGCAAGAUGCCACCACCAGACGUGUGGAGGACACAUCCCACCACAACGAGGAGAUGGAAAUGUCCCAUCUCAACCCUGUCACGGGGCACAGCGUAGUAGAUGACCCGGGAGCAGCCCACGGGUCGGCUUAUUACCAACACGCACAACCCGUCUCACCUAUCUACCCGCCAGACCACCACCACCCCCGUCACUCACAGUCCAUGAACAUGAACAUGAACAUGGGUGGAGGAUACCGCGGCCUGGAUCAGGGUCAUAUCAGCCCUUCCAUCCCUCCCACUGCUAUCGGCAUAGCACAUUCACCGGGCUGCGGCCCGGCACCACUGUCAAACAUAUACCAUGACUCCCAGCAGGAUCAGCAGACGUCAGGCCAAAUAUACGCCCCACCACGAUACAACACUCAGUCCCCUUCAACCAUCGGCAUCGCUACUCCUUCUCCUCCUGGCGCAGGUGAUGCAUAUGGCUACACACAUCCAAACGGGGGCAGUCGCAGCUUCACUCGGUCUCCCGUCCAGCAUAUCAGGGGCACACCAUCGCCUAGGCCACAGCUAUCGCCUGUAAAUACAUAUAGUCCAGAACAUACCGGACUACCCUACCCUACCUCAAGAUCUUACUCUCCCGCUCAGCAACAGAGGACAUACACUCCUUAUUCACCCUCGACGUCAACACCACCUCCUCUUUGGAACGGACAGGGGUCGGGUGCAGACCAGCCACAGGAGGCAGAGCAGUCGACAUCACAGCCACCGCGAGCUCCUAGCUUGUUGAUGGCCGGAAGGAAACCCGUAGAGAACUCCUGGAGAGAUGUAUAG